GCUCUGUUUAAAAGGGAAGUUCAGAGAUUCAACAUAAAGAGAGAAUUUUCACAGAUUUCACCUCCUAAUUCUGUGACAGUGGCAUGAAACAGAACCUAGUGUUACUUUGAGCUCCCAGAAUUACAAAGAUGAAGGAGAAAAUCAGCAAUGAUCUGUCUUACAUUAAGGCAGGAUAUCGCAGUGACAAAUGGAAGUGGGUGCUCAGCUUGUCGCAAAACAGUGCCUCUUUACCUGUUACCAAGGCCAAGGUCAAAGUUCACACUACCCCAGAUGAAGACUCAGGUGGCACUGGGGAGGCUCCUGCAGAAGACGAACCUCCAGUACAAAAGGAAUCACCAGCGAAUUCUGAGAUUUCACAGCCCGAAGAUGUGUCAUUCCCUAAAAUCUUUAAAGAAGAGCAGAUUACUUUUGAACACAUAAUGAAGACUUUUGGACUGGACAAGCCACCAAAGAAUCUCCCAUGCCCAAAGAAAUGUUCAAACAACCCUUGGUGUUUGGCCGAAUUAAAGUCAGGAGCAGGAAAGGAAAAAGCAAGACCCACAGACCAGCCAAGGGAUCCCACCAAACCAGUCGGUUUACAGAAUACGGCCAAUACAUGUUGGAUUAAUUCAGCAUUACAGGCUUUGUUCCAUUUACCAAAAUUCAGAAAUGUGAUUAACAACAUAGGGGGUUUUGCUGGGGAGGAAAGUCUUUCCACUAUGUUAUAUUUACUGCAGGCCAUCUUUGUGGAAAUGGACACCCACCCAAACAAGGCAAUAGCAUGCAGUCCAGGAAGUUUGUUUGAAAAGAUUGGGAUGUUUGCUACACAAGAAAUAAUGCGUAAGGAUGCAGACCAUGAAGUGCUGAAAUGUGUAUCUGAAUUCUUGGAAAAUACUAUUGACACACUUAUAGCAGACCCAAGGUUGGGACCAGAACUUAGUCCACUUUUCAGUACAUCUCUCAUGAGAUUAGCCAGAUGGAAAUGUCCAGUGUGUAAAAUAGACCAUGAAAGCCAGUUAGCACCAGCAACUUCCUACACAAUGGCAGCUUAUGUGAGUGCUGAUGAGUGUCCAUUGGACCAGUGCCUCGUAGACUUACAAACAGAGACUCAGACUGGAGUGUCUUUAAUCUGUGGAUCCGAAUCCAGUGGAAGUGGUGGCUGUGGAGCCCAGGUUAAGGUUGACAGGGUUGUAACACCCAAGAUUCAAGGCCUGCCAACCAUCUUAGUCAUCAGGAACAACAGCCUUAUGGACCGAGACCUGAAGAGACGGCUGCAUGUAGUCUACCCAGAAACACUUGACCUGACGUCCCACACCCUGAGUCAUAUAGCAGCAACCUACACUCUCUCUGCUGUGAUCUUCCACCAUGGACAUUGGGUCAAACAUUUUUCAGCUCAUGUAAGAACAAAUGGGAACAAAUGGUACAACUUCAACGAUGAACAAGUGUCUGAACUUACCAACCGAUCGACAACAGGGAACCCUUCUGAAAGUCAUCGGAAUUACUUCAGCAUUGCUAAUGUUGCAAACAAGUACAAACAUCGUCCAGGAUUAAGAGUCUCAAGGGGAUCCUUCGUAUGGGUUUAUGUGCUUAGUCCCACUGCUGAGGAAGAAACGGUGACAACACCACCUCCGGAGGCUGUUGUUGAGUAUGUUCUCAGAAAACAAGAAGAAAGUAUGACUGUCAAUCACCAGCUACAAGCAGAGAUUAAGAGAGAAAAGGAAGCUCUGCUAGGCCAAUUAGCAGUUACUGAUAUACUGGAAGACUAUGAAUUGAUUUCAGAAUCUCUUUUAAGUGCCUGGUUCAACUGUGAUGAUUUAGAAUACAAGCCACAGCCAUCAUUACUUGCUCAACCUCUCUGUGAACACAAGCUUUUCAGUCCGAGAAAAUUUCACUUGCUGAAGUGUAUACGAAAGGAAUCCCUGCAGUCUCUCCUGAAUGAUCGCUGUGGGAUCCACCAAGAUGAAGCUCUGAAGAAAUUAGCUUUGCCUAUCUCCAUGUCUACUGAUAGCGGUUGCUGCAGACAGUGCCUAGCCAAAGCUGUGAAUCAUAUUUUGUUUAUAGAGAGAGUCAAAUCUCUGCAUAAGCAAGCCAAAAAAGAUGCUAGGAAACCACAUGAAGGACCUACUGUCGUUCUUGGAUUAGAGACACUAGAGUAUUGGCCAAGAUUAGCAUUAAGUGCCUAUGUAAAGGAGAAUGGGAUUGACACAGAAGAGGAAGAUUCGGAAAACAGUUUAGAAACAAGCAAGAAGACUGAUGACCUCACAAAAUCCAGUAGUAAUAGUGUUAGUGGUAGCAGUGGUGUGCAUGUGAAUGGCGACAAAUGUGAUAAUGGAGAGGUUAAGUCAGAAGUAGAAGAUAAGGAUGUUGCUUCCAGCUGUGAUACCUCAAGUUCAGUGCCUGAAAAUGAUGAUUUUGCCUGUGAUAAUAGGACAGGAAAUGCAGAGGCUGAAAGAGAUCAAGUAGAUGAUGAUAAGAGCAAAUUAGAUACCUGUAGUGAGGUGAAAGAUGCCUCGGUUAGUAAAGCAAAAGAUACAAAGGAGACUGUCACCAAUGAACUCACCUUGUUUAAUGAGGACUUAGUUUGCCAGCACAACCUUCUUUCACCCACCGUUGGAUCCUGUAGGAUACCCAAAGUACUUGCAACAGAAAUCAUAGAGCUGUGUGGAGAAUCUGUGCAUCCUGCAUUUUUCCAGGAUGACUUUUCAACCUGUCCUGAUUGUGGGGCAAAAUUAGAAGAGUCUGUCCGAGCUUGUGACAGUGGACGCCAACAGAAAAAGCAGCUGAGUAACCUGUUUCAAGAAAGAAAACGUCCACACCCCAUGCGUGACCCAGGGAAACAAGUGUAUGCUGUUUCAAGAGAGUUCAUAGUGAAGUGGAAGAGUUAUAUAAGGUCAUGUGAACGCGGCGACCUGGAAGUAUGUCCCCUCACCAAGCUGGAGAACUCAUCACUCCUGUGCACCCACGGCCACCUGCUCUUCCCGGUGUUCAGUCUCCAGCCGCACCAGCUGUCCGAGUACCUGGUGCUGGUGUGGGAAGAGGAGUGGCAGAUCCUCAGUGCUAUUUAUUCUCCCGAUCACGUCAUCACCGCUGUGUACAAUGAGUCGGCGAUCCUCAUCACGGAGCCAG